UCCAACAGCGCAGAUCAUCUCCGACUAACAGAUCAACCUCUCAUCCUGCUCCUGUGACAGAGAGACUCCAACAUGCUCUUCCUGUUCCUCUUCUUGUUUGGUCUGGCUCUGGGGACAGAGUCUCCUUCAGGUGAACAUCCAUUGAAGCUACAGCGUGGUAACUGUCCCCCGUUCUGGUUCAGCUUCAACAACCGCUGCUACAAGUAUGUCUCCACACAUAUGACCUGGGCUGAUGCAGAGCUCUACUGUGUGUCACAGAAUGCCAACCUGGUGUCUAUCUACAGUCAGGAAGAACAGAACUUUGUCAAAUCCCUGAUCAAGAACUUUGACCAUGCUGAGGGACGCACCUGGAACGGACUGAGUGACACACAGAAGGAAGGAGGAUGGAUGUGGUCUGAUGGAUGUGCAGUGGACUAUGUCUUUUGGCAUUCAGGACAGCCAGACAAUGCUGGAGGAACUGAAGAUUGUGCUCACUUCAACUGGGGAGAACAUCUGAAAUGGAAUGAUAUUUCUUGUUCUGUCACUUAUCCGUCUGUUUGUGCAUCUCGCACAGUCUGUCCGUAGCAACUGAGAUGGUUGCUGAGUGCAGCAUGGUGAAUUUGCAUCUGUUGCUCUGUUGA